AUGUACUUCAUUGUUGUUGACUCUCAUUCAAAGUGGCCGGAAGUUGUGCCUAUGUCUUCAACAACAUCUACAGCAACAGUCAAUGUUUUACGAGAUAUCUUCUCACGUCUCGGACUACCUAAGACAUUGGUUUCCGACAACGGACCACAAUUCAUUGCAGAUGAAUUCAAGGGUUUCCUACGACAAAACGGAGUGAAGCAUGUGACAUCUUCACCUUAUCAUCCGCGUACGAAUGGACUUGCGGAACGCUUUGUUAGGAGUUUCAAAACUGCCAUGAAGAAGCAUAACAAAGUCACUAACAAGGAAAUCAACUCAUUCUUCAUAACUUAUCGCAUUACUCCACAUGCUACAGGGGAGACACUUGCCAAGUUACUCAUUGGACGUAACCUAAGGACACGCUUAGAUCUACUGAAACCUGACACCAGUGACAGAAUACAUCAGAAACAGGACAACAUAAAACGAUCAAGACAUACAGGAUCCAGCGUGCGCAUAUUUACCAUUGGACAAUCCGUCAUGGUACGAGACUACCGGGGACAAACACCGUGGAUCCAUGCUACUAUUGUAGCUAGUCUAGGACCGUUGACUUACCAGGUCAAAACAGAUGAAGGAGGAGUGUGGCGUCGUCACGUACAUCAAAUGAGGAGAACAUCAGAAAACAUGAGAGAAAGAACAGUUACGGACACUUUAGAUUCUAAGUCAGUAGAUCCGAAUGAGAUAUACGCUGCACCGCCUACAAACGAUACCAUUUCACCUGGGACACCGGCAAUUCCAAGUCGUGCAACACAAAGUACCAAUCGUAACAUAUCUUUCGCAGACCGUUCAACUGGAGGCUAA